AUGGUCGACGCAUUCCGUGAAUAUCUGCGAUUUCCAACAGUCCAACCAGAUCCUGAUUAUGGUCCUGCAGUUAAAUUUCUCUCUGAUUUAGCCCUUGGAAUAGGGCUUCAGCUUACCGUUUUAGAAUUUUAUCCAACAAAGCUGAUUCUUGUAAUAAAGUGGCAAGGGAACGACCCUGAAGCGGAAUCAAUUUUACUGAAUUCUCACAUGGACGUUGUUCCAGUGUACAGAGAGAAAUGGACAUUUGAUCCAUUUGGUGCAGAAAUGGACAAUGAUGGGAACAUCUAUGCACGUGGAAGUCAGUACAAUCUUUCCGCAAUAAUGAAAGACGAAAACUUGAAGAGUUGUUAUGAAACUGUUAAUUUUAGAAAUCCCGGGAUGAAACUGGGAGAUGUAACAACUGUCAAUUUAACUGUUCUUGAAGGCGGCGUACAGACAAACGUUAUCCCGGCCACUCUUUCUGCCAUUCUCAAUUUUUCCCCGAUGAAUAACACUCCUGUGCUUCCUCAUGACCAUGAUGAGUAUCUAAAUGUUGAUACGUUUUUGCGAGGAAUUGAUAUUUAUCAGAUCAUUCUCCAAAAAAUAUCAACUUAA